AUGAUUGCACUAGACCCCAUCAAGAGUAGGAAAUGGAAGGCCAGCUCCAAGGAAAAGGGCGAGGCAAAGAUAUCAACAAGAAGAGCAAGAACCAACCCAAGGCCAAGAAACCUCACAAAGAGAAAACUCUACGCAAUCCCGCUUCAAGAAGGGUUCAGUAGUAAGAGUACAUGGGCCCAGGAACACAAAAAAAGACGAAAGCGAAACGCUAGAAGCAUGGCCGAGGAUGUGAUAAACAGUAAUUUCGCGACAGUAACGAUGAACUUUAGAACGACUGAUUGGCUCCUUCCACGCGGACUGCAGCAAAACUACGGUGCCGGUGACUAUCUCGAGGAGAGUCAGCGUAUCGAGCCGACUACUCAGGAACUUGUCAAACUCAACAAGGAUUUUAUCAGAUGCGGAAGCCUGGCAACGUUCAAUUAUAUCAACAAGAUCAUGGCAGAGCAUCCAUCAAUCUACUCAGACUCAGAAGAUAUUCAAAUCCGUCGCGAUAUACUCAAGACAAUCGUAAAAGGGAUGCAUCACUGGGACGAUGGACUCAAGGACAGUGACGACAGCUUUAGCUUAGCGUUGACGACACUCGAACCUCUCAAGACAAUACUUGGGGAUAACGACGCCGUUAUUCAGAGGGUUGAGGGGUACCUCGACAUUGCGGCUCCGUCUCUGUUUCCGAGUUGA